GCAGUUCCCGAGUUUAACUUAGAAAUUGUGGAUAUGCACGUAGUUUUCAUUGCUUCAUUAAUUUAAAACUUUCACUCGGGUCAAUAAAAGAUAAUUUAGUGAAAAUAAUCAUAACAUAAACCAAUGAUCGCACGUGGAUUGCACACUUCAAUUAAAUCGCUCGGAAAAAUUGUUCCGUCUAAUUUAAAGGGCAAGAAAAAAAGUUCCCAAGAAUGGCUCACUCGACAGUUGAACGACCCGUUUGUAGAGCGGGCUAAAAUGUUGAAUUACAGAUGCCGGAGCGCGUUCAAGUUGCUCGAAAUAGAUCAGAAGUAUGGAAUCAUAAAGCCCGGUUCCGUCGUAAUAGACUGUGGAGCUGCACCGGGUUCUUGGUCCCAAAUAGCUGUAAAACAAUCUAAUGCCGACGGAUCUAGUGCUAAUAAACCAAAAGGCAUGGUCAUUGGACUUGACUUGUUGCAAAUCUACCCAAUUGAGCAUGCUACAAUGAUGGGAAACAUGGAUUUUACAAAGCCAGAAACACAUAACAAAAUCCGAUCGCUGUUAGAUAAUCGACAGUUGGACGUAGUGCUUUCCGAUAUGGCACCCAAUGCGACUGGUGUUCGUUCGCUGGAUCAGGAGAAUAUCAUGACCCUUUGCUAUUCUGUGCUUCGCUUUGCCAUUCUUAUGUCUUCGCCAAAUGCGUCGCUGCUCAUGAAAGCCUGGGAUAAUGCCGAAGUUUCAACGUUAGAGAAAAAUAUUCAAAAAUACUAUCGCAUGGUCAAACGAAUUAAACCCAAUGCAAGUAGGAGUGAUUCGGCGGAAAUAUUCGUUCUAGCCCGUGGGUUUGCUGGUGUUGAGCAGCGGUAGCAACAACAUUAAAAGGUAAGGGCGCCUAGGUAUUGUUAAAUAUAUUAGUCGCAA